AUGUCGGCCCUACAGACUUUCUUGCUCGUGGUGGACCAUGACAAAGAAGAAUCCAAGCGCAUUGCCGACUCCGUGGCCCAAGACCUCGAAAGCAAGAAGAUUACCCUAAUCGAGAUUGUUCAGCAACUCGGUGAAUACAUCAACGAUGAAGACCCAAUCCUGCGCGGAAAGGCGGUCUCCUUCCUCACCUCCGUUAUCAAGUCCCUCCCGCCUAAAUACCUGUCGCGACAGCAGAUACAGGUCUUGACGACAUUCUUUUGCGAUCGGGUAGAGGAUGGGGGUGCAAUUGCUGGCCUGGAUACACUCCAGCGGUCAGACCGCUUCACCAAGGACCUGGCCAUUAAUACCGCGCAUGCACUGUUCUCAAACUUCCAGGAUCUCCAAUCCCGAUCUCAGUCGCAGCGAUUCCAAGUUUACCAACUGUUGAAUGAAUUGAUGCUGAAGCACCGAAAGGCGCUUCGUGACAUGGAAGAAAUUUCACUUGUUGGUGUGGUAGACGUCAUGACUGGAGAGAAAGAUCCUCGCAAUCUGAUGGUGGUGUUCUCCAUCCUCAAGGUGGUCAUGAUGGAAUGGGACAUCUCCCACUACGUCGAGCUACUAUUCGACUCUGUCUAUAAUUACUUCCCUAUUACUUUCCGGCCUCCACCGAAUGACCCUUACGGAAUCACCGCGCAAGACUUGAAAGAUCGACUACAAGACUGCCUUUCUUCAACCAGUCAGCUUGCCCCUCAUACCAUCCCGGCAUUACUCGACAAGUUGGACUCUACAUCGCCUAACGUCAAGAAAGAUGCUCUCAACGCUCUUAUUGCGUGUGUGCACUCCUACAGCCCCGAUACCGUGUCGCGAUAUUCCAUCACCAUCUGGGAGGUUUUGAAGUUUGAAAUCCUCAAUGCUCAAGAAGAGUUCUUGUCCGAGUCAUCCCUGGAAGCCCUCCACGCCAUUGGACAACGACUUUCCGAGGGGGUUACAGAGAUCUCGCAAGAUCUGCCUCUCGCUCAAUAUCUCCGCCCCAUCACCAAGGAGUGCAGCGAGCAACUUCAGGAACCCCAACAAAAGCAGGCAAAGCCCGCUCAACAAAUCCUCAGUGCGCUCUCGUCGUCCUCACCGGUCGCUUUCACACUUAUUGUGCAGACGGUCGUCGCUCCUAUUUUCACCAUCUAUCAAGAAGCUGAUGGGAUCGUCAAGCAAAGGGCUCUUCUCGAAACACUGUCGGUGUUGUUCGAGUCUGCCAUUGAAGUCUUUGGGCAAUGGACAACUCGAGGUGGCGAAGCGGCUAUCGAGAACCCGUUGCUGGAAUUCAAGGAUCAGUUCUCAGAUGUCUUCGGCCAGGCCUUGAUGGGUUCUGCAAAGGAAGAAGUCUCAUUCCGGGUAUCCGCGCUGAAAGGAUUCCUAAGGCUCUCGACUUUACGAGACUUUUUCCAGGACAACGAAGUUGGCUUGUUUGUUCAGUACUUGGACGAAAUUCUUUUGAAAGAAGAGUCAGUUGGUCGGGACGACUUGAAAAAAGAAGCCAUUGCAGCGCUUGCAGAAAUUUCCAAGUACAAGCCACGUUUGAUUAUGGACAUCACAUUCCCUGCCUUUGUCGCCACUCUGCCUGAUGAGGACGAUGAUACCAAUACGACAUACCUCUCAACCUUGGAUACAUUGGCCAAAAUCAGCGUUGAACGGGAUAUCUUCGAGACUCUCUUCCGUCGGCUGUUCAGCAAGCUGUCAGUACUCCUCCAAAAGGAGCAAUCAGGAUCUGUCGCGUAUCCCCGAGCCAUUUUGAUGACUCUUCUCUACGUGAUGGAUCAGAGGCAAAUGGAAUCUGAUCCAAAUCUUGAUUUGUAUUUUGAUAAAAUUGUCGUGGGUCUGUCUCGCAACGUUGCAGAAGCAGCAUCUGGGAAAGCGAAGAAUCAAAUCUUGAAUGAUCCUUCCAUUUUGGAAACUCUCGGACGACUGUGCAAUCUUCUCGUGCGAUCAUCAUCAGCCCAAAAGCAACAACAGGUCGCAGAAAAUGUCUAUAGCUUGUUUGCAACGCCAUCAGACUUUUCGCCUGUGCCUUUCUCACAGAACACAACCGCCGACCAUGAGCGAACUAUCAUUCUAUCAACCUACCUCCUUGCAGGCUUGUCUAAAGACUGCAGUAAUAGCCUCCCAUAUACCUUGCCCAACAUGUCUGAUCUGCUUUCGGACUUGGUGCGCCGCUCACUCUCCCAAACCACUGAGUCAGCUACUAGUCUCGCGUUCCUGCGGCACCUGGCAUUGCUCACCAACAAGUUCCUUUCAAAGCAGGACUUGAAUAUCGCCGAAAAGCUCUUCGACACAUUGGUUUCCCAGGAUCCCCAAUCUCUCAGUCCGGCCGCCAUCCGUACUAUUUUCUGGCUCGCUAAAUCACUCGUCCUUCGCAUUGCGCCAACUACCACUCAUAUUCUGACCUCGCUUCUGGGACUCCUUUCAUUGCCAAAUCAGCAAACCAGCUUCUCUGCCGCACGCGGCUUUGCGAUUCUACUCGGUGAUGACGAUGUACUUUCUGUGGUGAACGGAGCCCAAGUUCGUCUGCUGGCCAAACAGCGCGUCUUCACCACAGUCAUUCCAUUGAUUUCAUCUCGUAUCCGUGAUGUCAAUGUUGCCGGUAACGACGAUGCCUCUCAGGCUGCGAAAACAUCUGACCACAUCAAGCCCGCUCAUCUGACUGCUCUUGCCGGCAUCCUGUCUACCAUCUCGACAGCUCUGGUUAUGCCUGAGCUCCCUACUCUACUCCCUCUUCUUCUUCAAUCUCUCGAUUUGCAGACUGCCGACUCGGUUGCCGUCCGCGCAGCAACUCUGGAUACUCUCGCUGUAAUCAUUCGUGACAAUGGCGUUGCGGUUAUUGAUCAAUGCGGACACGUUCACAGCCUUGUCUUGAGACUCCUGAAAACGACGGAGAUCAAGACGGUAUCUGGAGCGGUCAACACCCCUCGUCUUCGCGUGGAUGCCCUCAAAUGUCUGUACCUGCUCGCCACGAAGCAAAUAGUUUCCGAGGCUGCGCCCAACGCUCGUGCUCCGGCAUCUAUCUCCCCACUUCUUGCCGAAAAGACCCACGUUCUGCGAUCUUUGCGCUUUGUCUUGGAUGACCCUAAGCGUGACGUCCGUAAGGCGGCCGUCGACGCUUCAAGUGCUUGGCUCCGUGGAGUGGACGAUGCGCCAGAGGACGAGGAUUAA